CUUAGUGUAAGUCGUAUCGUCGGUCAGGGUUGUCACGCUCAACCCAAUCGCUCGCUCAUCGCGCUGGGUGUCGUCGUCUAUCUUCACAUUGGCAUUUCUAGCUUCGUACACGGCUGUUGUAGGUAGGAAGUUACAGUGACUGCCAAGAUAAGGUGCCCACUUGCUUGUUAUCACGCAAGUUAUCGAAAAUCCAGGUACAUUGCGGUGAGAAUCAAGAUAACACACCUACUGACUGAGCAGUAAGUGGAGGCAGAGGGCUUGAUAUCGUCGUUAGAAUCCAUCAGUGUUGAUACGGCAGCCCGCAAACGACAACGACGACGAAGGCGACGAUGCGACGACUGCUGGUACCUAUGACAUAGUCGUGUGUUGCAUAAUCGAAAGUAAGAAGACGCGUGCGCGAGAAUUGCAGAGGCAUUUCUAUAUAGUGUGUAAUAGAAAUCCCUGCACCGUCUCCGUCAACGUCUAGCAGCCUGUCGAGCCGAGACAGGACAGGACACUACACCACACGGCCAUUUAUUCUGCUUGGAGUAAAGUAGGUCUGUGACAGUAAGAAAAAACCCGAACAAGUGCAUGAAAGUGAAUUAUACGGCUACGAGUUUGGCCACCGCUGGUUGGCUUGAAGCUGUUUGCAGUAUUACUACUGUGAAGGACAACUAGCCGGGUCUAGGCGUGAAAACCGGGAACAGGUGUCCGGUUUUUAAAGCUACCCUGGCAGUGAUUUGCAUCAACGACAAUACGCAUCACUGAAAGCUUUCCCUGCAUCAGCUGUUGAUGUCCGGUUCGUGAAGGUGAUCACGAGUGGGCACCAGACACACACCAGUAUUUCCUAGCGAGAAGAACGACGCGAGAACCAACCUCAACGGAAAAAUCCAGGCGCCAUGCCUCACCGGAAUCCGUCAAGCGCGCAACGUAGGCCAACCACUGGGGCUACGUUCGAAACCUGAAGGCUGUGUUAAGAAGAAUUGUCGCUAUCGAAGUUAUUAGCGAAAUGAAGUUCUAGCAUUAGGUUUAUAGUGAAGUUAUAUAACAUUUGUGAAAUCAGCUGUCGAAAUUUUCCAAGAAUCUAAAAGCGUUGGAGCGGGUGCGAAAAACGUCUCCAAAAGUGUCCAUUCCGGAAAUCGUGUAGAAAACGUGAUCGAGUAUCGGAAAGUAGCUGUUUGAACAGCAGAGCAGAAAAUGCUGAAUUCCAUUUCGAAGCAUCUGCUGCACUGCGCGUUGCUCAUCACGUUGCUUAUAUUUUUCGAAGUGUUUUCCGGCGGAAUAAAAGUCAACGAGAACAGCUUUGUGUCGGUGGAUCCUUGGGAAGAGUAUGGCACGAUACCGACCAUUCUGCUGUACACGUUACGGUUGCUUACAUUCCUCACGUUGCCCCAGGUGCUGUUCAACUUCUUCGGCCUGGUGUUCUACAAUGCCUUCCCGGAGAAGGUAGUACUGAAAGGGUCGCCCCUGUUGGCGCCCUUCAUCUGCAUUCGGGUCGUAACCCGAGGUGACUAUCCCGAUCUAGUCAAAUCGAACGUCAUGCGAAAUAUGAACACCUGUUUGGAUACAGGGUUGGAAAAUUUCCUCAUCGAAGUCGUUACCGAUAAACCGGUGAAUCUGCAGAAGCAUCGCCGAACACGGGAGAUUGUCGUCCCGAAAGAUUACAAAACCAAAACCGGUGCACUGUUCAAAUCGCGAGCUCUGCAGUAUUGCUUAGAAGACAGCGUAAAUGUACUUAACAAUAACGAUUGGGUGGUGCAUUUGGACGAGGAAACGCUGCUGACCGAAAACAGCGUUCGUGGAAUCAUCAAUUUCGUGCUGGAUGGAAAGCAUCCCUUCGGACAAGGACUGAUUACUUAUGCCAACGAGAAUGUGGUGAACUGGCUCACGACGUUGGCAGACAGCUUCCGCGUGUCGGAUGAUAUGGGCAAGCUGCGAUUGCAGUUCAAAAUGUUCCAUAAACCGUUCUUCAGCUGGAAGGGUAGCUACGUGGUUACUCAGGUCCACGCUGAGAAGGAAGUCUCGUUCGACAACGGGAUCGAUGGAUCAGUCGCCGAAGAUUGUUUCUUCGCGAUGCGCGCCUUCGCCAAGGGAUACACGUUCAACUUUAUCGAAGGCGAAAUGUACGAAAAAUCUCCGUUCACGCUGCUGGAUUUCCUGCAACAGCGGAAACGUUGGCUCCAGGGAAUCCUGCUCGUCGUCCACUCGCACACCAUUCCUCUGCGGAACAAGUUCUUGCUGGGCAUUAGCGUUUACUCGUGGGUCACGAUGCCCCUGUCCACGUCGAAUAUGAUCUUCGCCGGUCUGUAUCCGAUUCCGUGUCCGAACGUGGUGGACUUUUUGUGCGCCUUCAUUGCCGGGUUUAACAUUUACAUGUACGUUUUCGGAGUGAUCAAAUCGUUUUCGCUGUACCGUUUUGGUGUAGUGAAAUUUUUCGCUUGUGUUCUCGGGGCCCUGUGCACCAUUCCGAUCAAUGUAAUCAUUGAAAACGUGGCCGUUAUCUGGGGGCUCGUUGGCAAGAAGCACAAAUUUUACGUGGUGCAAAAGGACGUCCGGGCGCUUGUUACGGUUUAAUGCGGGAAUUACGUUUGGAUAAGCUUUAUCGGUUUAAUAUAUUGGUAGGCACAUUUCCUCUCGAUUGUGGUAAAAAACGGGCCAUGUUCGACGAACUACUUCAUUACGCUGUCGGAAAGUAGGCUUCUAGGGACCCAUAACUUUUUGCGUAUGCGGAAAAGUAGAAUUAGUGAGUUAGCUGUUUAUCAUGAACAUGUAUAUUUUAUAGCUCUUUUAUAGUAUUUUGCUUUUCUGAUACACCAGGGAAAGCUUACGUAUACUUUAAGUAACGAAAGUCAUGUUGCUUUGUUAUCUAAGAAAAUGACGAAUUAGAUGUUUCUGGAACGAAUGGUUUUCGUUUUACUUCACUUUUCUACUUAGUUGGAAUAGUAUUAAUUUAAGAAAAAGUGUCAGGAGAAGGGAGUUGCUUCAAAUCAGGAGAUUUUCAUUGUUAUUUAUUUUUGUGUAUAUUUUCUUGUAGCGAUAUUUUGCCGUGAUAGACAUUUUACGUGUAAAGUUAUUAUAUUUGAGAACUAUGUUCUCCAAAGUGUAGAAUAUGUAAUUGGCAUUUCCUCCUGGUCGUUUACGGAAAGCUGGGAGUACGCUCCCGAUAUAAGUAUUCACAUUCAAAUGCUACACCAUCGUCAUUAACAGGUUAUCGUUUACUCAAAGCACUCUCAUUGGGUUAUUCAUUAAAUGUUGUUUGCAUCGCUUAACGUUCCAUAAAAUAGUCUCUCUUCGGUAUGUAGACGAGAAAAUCACGUAAAACAAAAACUCGCAUCACAAUGGACAAAACUACUUACAAACAUUAUGUUUCAAUGCGCAAAAAAUAGAACAAUUGCUGCUGCAUUACUAGAACAGAAACUUGAAACCGAAAAUUUAAAGCAGAACGUAGAUAACUUACACACAUUUAAUCGAAAUUGAUAGCAGAUCAAAAACAACCUACGUCCACACAUGUUGUUCAUUAUCUAUUUAAUAAUAUAGCAAUGAUGGCAAAAGAUAAAUAUAAAAACGGAAACAAAAAAAAUCAAAAAACUGAACUGCAUGAAAUCUAGUUAAUAAUCGCUACUAUACCAUUGAUUGGAAGAAAUAAUAGUAAAGCAAACUCACACAAAACUAAAAACCAGCAAACAGAAAUUAUUCCAGUAUCGGUAGUGUUUUAGGCUUAAGGAAUGUUUCUAUAUAUUUUUCUAUGGAAACAGCCAUUUGAUAUGAACGGAAUAACGUAAUAACGAUGAGUACCAUCAUCGGAUCGUUUGUAUGUUUUGUCACGCGAAGGAUAGUUUUUCUUGCGCUCCUUGCAUAUGAUCUUAUCUUUGUUUGAUUUUCUUCUACCAAUUCUACGAAAUGAUAACAGCGCAACGGUGAUUAAUUCUCCAGUAGAUGCAUUACUAUGCACUACUUAUCAAAUCUGGUGUUCCUCAGAAUGAAAAGUGACACAUUUUAUUACCAAUGGCUUCUAAUUUAGUAUCUUAUUUACCAAAAAAUUCAAGUAGUGUGAUGUAGCUCACUGGACGAUAUUGUUCUCAGUGCUUUCUAAUAUCUAUUGAUUGAACUCGAAGAUCUGUUCCUACUGAUAAAAAAGAGUACUAUGGUAGUAUCAUUUGACAAAGCCUUUGUUUUUAGUUUUUCCUUUUCGAAGCGUGACAUAAUGUACAGACAAUUCGUCCCGAAUGCAGGAUUAUUCGACACAACAACAUAGAUGAUAUAAAACAAUUGAUUCUACCUGUAAUUGAAUUUCAGAUACAUAUUAAUAAAAACAUAUAAUUAAAGCA